AUGUCAAAAAAUUCAUCAAGAAUAUUCACCAUUAAUAUUUCAAAUAUCAUGAAUCUUUGUCUUCAAACAAUGCUCUACUUAGAAGACAUAUCAAAUUCAAAAGAUACUCCAUUAGAGAAACCUGGAUGUAUAUACCUUUAUUAUUGGUUAUAUAAGGAAUAUAAGGAAAAAACUAAUAUAGAAAAUAUCCAUAGAUUAUAUCAAUCGUUAUUAAAACAUUUUUCGUACGAAGAUGGAGAAUAUGUUGCACCAAAAAUAUUCGAUAAUGAAAAAGGAUAUGACGAAGAUGAUGAACUGAUGAAUAUCGUCGAUAUAUACUAUAUUAAAGAAACACUUGAGGAAAUUAAGUAUAAUAAGUAUUGCUAUACAAACAAUAGAUGCGAUUGUGCAUGGGAAUGUGCAAAAAAAUAUGAACGGCUCAAACACUUAUGCAGUUUAAACUGUGACGACGAUAUUCAUAAUGAAUUAGAAGAUUUAAAAAAUAAAUUUAUUAAUCUAGGUUUAACUACUGGUUGCGACAAUGUUAAAGAAAUAAUAUUUCCUCCUUCACAAAAUUUUAGUCAAAGAAUGCCUUCUGCCAGGAAAAAUGCUGCGCAUCGUUUUAUAGUACCAACUAUUUUAAUAAUAA